CGUGAUUUCUAUAUACUUCAGACUUUCAAUAUGCGCAACAAUAUCUGCUUUAUUUUCCUCAUAGUUUGUGCAUCCUUUGUGGCUAUGUCAAUAGCACAACCAGAGGGUCCAGGCAUUGCUUGCGGCCCAAAUGCACAGUAUACCCCAUGCGGCAUCGAUUGUCGGCCCAAAUGCAGUGAUGAUCCUAAUCCUUCGGAGCCCACACCUUGCUCAGCAGUAUGCGUCGCCGGCUGCCAGUGCAAUUCCGGAUAUUUGCUGAACGAUUUUGGCGAAUGCGUGACGAGAAGUGAAUGUUAAUCAAAGUGAAAGACGCGGCGCUAUCCUUAUCAUCUUUUUCUGGAGACAUUCUGUGAUUAUUAUUUGAAAUAAGCAAAUGAAGUUGUCAAACUAAAAGUUAA